AGGACGAGGAGGAGGAGGAUGACCAUGAACGGCAAGCAGCACUUCUCCAUGCACCCGGCUCUGCACGAGCCCAAGUAUGCCGGCCUGCACGCAGGCUCGGAGGGCAUGCGCAGAGUGUGCGUGCCCGGGCCGCAGCUGCAGGGCAAUAUAUUCGGAGGCUUUGAUGAGAGCCUGCUGGCGCGCGCGGAGGCUCUGGCGGCUGCUGACAGCAUCGUCUCUCACGGCAAGAGCCACGCGUUCAAAGCAGACCUGACUUACCAUACCAUGAGCAGUGUCCCCUGCACCUCAGCCGCCUCCUCGUCCUCCACCGCCGCGCCCGCCCCCCACGUCCCCUCCCACCACCACCAUCACCACCACCUGGGCCAGACCCUGGAGGCCGGAGACCUCCUGGAUCACCUCUCCACCAGCCUGGCCGUCAGCGGGAUGGGCGCGCCGCCGGAGCCUCCGGGGAUGACGGCGCCGUCGCACCAUCACCACCAUCACCACCACCACCACCACCUCCAAACGAUGGGUCAGCUCCACCAGGCCAUGGCCACCAUGGCGCACCCGCACUCCUUGUCCGUGCACGGCGGCAUGGCGUGCGUCAGCGACGUGGAGUCCGAUCCCAGAGAGCUGGAAGCGUUCGCGGAGCGCUUCAAGCAGCGGAGGAUCAAACUCGGGGUGACCCAGGCGGACGUCGGGUCGGCGCUCGCCAACCUGAAGAUCCCGGGCGUGGGGUCGCUCAGCCAGAGCACCAUCUGCAGGUUCGAGUCCCUCACUUUGUCCCACAACAACAUGAUCGCGCUGAAGCCGGUCCUGCAGGCCUGGCUGGAGGAGGCCGAGGCCGCGCACCAGGAGAAGAGCAGCAAGCCGGACCUUUUCAACGGCAGCGACCGCAAGCGAAAGCGCACGUCUAUCGCCGCGCCGGAGAAGCGAUCUCUGGAGGCUUACUUCGCCAUCCAGCCUCGGCCCUCCUCGGAAAAAAUCGCAGCCAUCGCGGAGAAACUGGACCUGAAAAAGAACGUGGUUCGAGUGUGGUUCUGCAACCAGCGUCAGAAACAGAAGCGAAUGAAAUACUCGACCGUGCACUGACUGACUGCCGCGCGUCAUGAAUAAAAGAGCCUGCUGCAUUUUUGAUCGAGUGAUUAAUAAUAAGAUGACUAACAGGGACUCAUCACGUGUCACCUGGGAUUAUAUUUAAAAAGAGAGACUUAAUUCAGAUUUUAUCUCACUCGUUCUUGUUGCACUUUUUUGGGGGGAGAU